AUGUCAAGACAUACACAUCAUACUUACCAUUUAGUGGAUAUAAGACCUUGACCUUUAACUGGUUCAAUUAGAGCUAUAAUAUUAACUACUGGGUUAAUUAAGUGGUUUCAUCAAUUUAGGGCAGAUUUAUUGUAUUUAAGAUUUGUAGGUGUAAUUUUAACUAUAAUUCAAUGGUGGCGUGAUGUAGUUCGUGAAGGUACUUAUCAAGGAUUACAUACUGGGGCUGUGAUAAGAGGAUUACGUUGAGGUAUAAUUUUAUUUAUUUUAUCAGAAGUUUUAUUUUUUUUCUCUUUUUUUUGGGCAUUUUUCCACAGGAGCUUAGCUCCUGUGGUAGAGGUUGGUAGAUUUUGGCCUCCUAGAGGUAUUCAACCGUUUAAUCCUUUCGGUGUACCUUUAUUAAAUACUACAAUUUUAUUGUCUUCUGGGGCUACGGUAACUUGAUCUCAUCAUGCAAUUUUAAAUUCUAAUCAUAAAGAGGCUUUACAAAGGUUGAUAUUAACUGUUAUAUUAGGGUUGUAUUUUACAGGGUUACAGGCUUUUGAAUAUGUGGAAGCAUCUUUUUCAAUUGCCGAUUCUAUUUAUGGUUCAACUUUUUUUGUGGCUACUGGGUUUCAUGGGCUUCAUGUUAUUAUUGGUUCUUCGUUUCUUUCAGUAUGUUUAUAUCGUUUAUAUAAGUGUCAUUUUUCUUCUUAUCAUCAUUUUGGAUUUGAGGCCGCUGCUUGAUAUUGACAUUUUGUAGAUGUAGUGUGGUUAUUCUUAUAUGUAUUUAUUUACUGAUGAGGGGGUUAA